AUGGACAUAAAUUCACUUCUCUCCCCGCAGGACACUCCUUCCAAUUCCUCACGUUCCACUCCCGGUGUGGCUACUCCGUCUGGAAACUCUUCGGCGCAAUCUGCGGUACAUUCGCCUCAUCGAGCUUUCCCCCGGGGGCGUUCUAGUUCUUCCAGACCAGGAAUGACUUCUUCCCCCCUUGCACAACAGGUCUUUCCGUCAACAGCAUUGCCUGAGCCUUCUCCACCGGCAAUGAGCCCGCCGGUUGGUCCUAACUUGGGCGGUGGAAGUGGAACGCCCCCGGCUGGCGAACUGGUUUCUCCCAGACAGCCAUCCACCGGAAUAGAUACCCUGGCCGACCUGGCAUCGAUGCAGCAUCAUCAACCCCAGAAAACUGCCGCCUCGUUACUGCGCAGUACCAAGCCCUACGAAAGCCAGCUGUCUCCCUCGACCAUGCAUCCCAACGUGAAAGCGAUCCCCCAAAACACCCCCAUUCCGAGAACAUCGUUCGAUAUAGCGAUGUCGGAGGGUCCAAGGGGAGGGGCCCAAAGGGACUACACCGACACUUCUCUUUUACCGGAGGCGCAGCGCAUGGCAACUGAACUGUUCGCGCAAAUCCAAGAGAAUCCUCAGUCGUACGACGCACACACCCAAUUUAUUCGUCUACUCCACGCUGGCUUUAUCAACCAUGUUUAUCCUCCGUCAAAUCCCGAUGUUCACGGAGAUCCACAUAGGUACGACCUUCUGAGAGACCUGAGGACCGCUCGAGAAGAGAUGGACAAGCUCUUUGCUAUUGGUGAGGAUCUCUGGGCAGAAUGGAUCCAAGACGAAAGCAUGCUGGCGCAGACUGUGGAUGAGCGCAUAGCCGUAAUGGAAUUGUGCCAGCGAUCUGUUGAAGAGGAAUACGGCAGUACUAAGCUCUGGGCCAUCUACGGCGAGUGGGUAUUGUAUCUCUAUACGGCCGCUUCUGACAACUCUGACCAGAGCAACUGGAGCGAGGAGGACAGGCUAGUGGGCCGGGAGGUCUUCACCUGGCAGUCAGUGCUGGACGUUUGGCAGAGAGGUGCGGAAGGGACGCGCUGGAGGAUUAAUGACAGCCACGUCAUCUGGGAUCGGGCUCUGGAGCUGCAAAUAACAGAUCUUUCACGCUCUCCUACGCAGGAGAAGAUUGGCGAGGUAAAACGACUCUUCGAUAUCCGCUUGCAAACCCCCCAUGUCACCUGGGAUCAGACGUUUCAGACAUUCUCUACUUUUGUGUCUACAUACUACAAUGCGAAUUACGAGGAGAUCAUGUCUGAGACGGUCGCACGGGCAUCUGAUGCCAAGAUAAAACUAGCAGCCCGUCAGGACCUUGAGACGAAGCUACAAAGCACUGUCGAUUCCGGCGAUAGGACCCGGGAAUGGGCUGUAUUCUCUGAGUACAUUGAAUGGGAAGUCAGUCGGAAGCGGAAGAGCCGCCAGUUUAGCUUCGACCUCGUCAACGCUGUCUAUCAGCGUGCGGUUCUGCGCUUUCCGACGGACGUCAAUCUCUGGGAAGACUACGCCAUGUUUCUCAUCGACGAAUCAAUGAAUGAUCAUGUGCCUACCAGCACCAUUUCGACCCUCGACCGGGCGACGCGGCACUGUCCCUGGUCGGGUACUCUGUGGUCCCAGUACUUGCUCAGCUCCGAAAGAGAGGGCCGGUCCUUUGCCACAAUCUCCGAUAUCAAACAUAAAGCGACGAGUACGGGUUUGCUGGAUGCUGGUGGUAUGGAGGAGGUUCUCAAGGUACACACGGCUUGGUGCAGCUACCUUCGCCAUCGCUCAUUUCUACCGGAUGCCACCGAUGAGGAUCUUGAUGUCGCAGAAGUUGGCAUACGGUCCUCCAUUGAAGACGUCCAGGAGCUCGGCGAGAAGAAGUACGGAAAGGCUUAUCAAGGAGACCCGCAGUUUCGCCUUGAGCGGAUUUACAUACGCUAUCUUAGUGAGAGUGGUAGUUGGGAUAGCGCGCGGGAAGCAUUCAAGGGCCUCGUUGAACGUCGGGGGAACAGUUAUGAGUUUUGGUUGACGUAUUACGAGUGGGAGUUGAUCUCCUGGAGCAAGUUUGUACAAGGUGACGCGACAGCUGACGCGGCCCGACGGACUCCAAGUCCAAGCUUUGCGACGGCAGUGCUGAAGCAAGCGAUUCAGCGGAUAGACCUGGACUGGCCGGAAAAGAUCGUCCAUGCAUACAUCGCCCAUUGCGAGGACUACGAGGACUCGGAAGAACUCCAGCUUGCGGUGCUGGAAACGAGGAAAUACAUGAAGGCUAUCAAAGCAAAGCGCGAGAAGGAAGCGAGAGAAGCGGCAGCGUGGCAGGCGGCAGCAGAGCCAGUGGUCCACGCCGAGAAAAGAAAAAGAGAGGACGAAAUGUACGUAAAUGGCCUGCCCAACAACAAACGGUCUCGCCCUGAGGAGGCCCUUCCGCCCACCACGGAAGCAGAACCCGUCACAGCUCGGAGGGAUCGCGAGAAUGCUACGGUGAUUGUCAAAAAUUUACCCCACGGCAUCACCGAGCAUAGAGUGCGACAAUUCUUCCGUCAUUGUGGUACCAUUAAUAGCAUAAAAAUGCUCCACGGCGAUGACGGCAAUUCCGAGGUGGCCGUGAUUGAGUUCGACACGAAGGACGAGGCUGCUGCUGCCCAGACGCGGGAUCAAAAGCUGCUCGACAACAACGCUAUUGAAGUUCAAUUGGGAUCCGGCUCGACGUUGUUUGUCACGAAUUUCCCUGCGGAAACGGAUGAGAUGUGUAUUCGGGAUAUGUUCCGGACGUAUGGCGAAGUUGUUGAUAUUCGAUUUCCGUCCCUCAAGUAUAAUACGCAUCGGCGAUUCUGUUACGUGCAGUUCGAGAAUGCCGGUGACGCCCGUAGGGCUUUGGAACUGGAUGGCAAGGACUUCGGAAAGGGCCUGUGUCUUGUUGUGAAGAUAUCAGACCCGUCCCAUAAGGAGGAUCGCAAGGGUCCGAUGCACGAGGGCCGAGAGAUCCAUGUUUCAAACCUUGAUUGGAAGGCCGACGAAAAAGACCUGAAAGAGCUGUUCUCUAAGUACGGAACCGUUGAGCUGGCGCGCAUCCCGAGGAAAGUUGAUGGCGGUAGUAAAGGCUUUGGUUAUGUUGUCUUUUCUUCCAAGGAGGAAGCGAAUGCCGCUUUAGCAAUGCACGAGCAGGAAUUUCGUUCAAGGCCCUUACAUGUGAGGCUCUCCAGCCCGACCGGCGCGAAACGCAGCGCGACUGCUGUGAUGACACGGGUACCUUCGAAGAUGUCACCACCUCCCACGGGAGCCAAUGGAGUCGGUCAUGGUACUGCGGAAGUUGAAAUUCCAACAGGCGACCGUGCUGCGCGUACCUUGGGUCUCAUGAAUGUUCCAGACACCGUCAAUGAUGCGCGGAUCCGCGCCAUAGUGGAGCCGUUUGGUAAACUUAUCAAGAUUGUGUUGCGACCGGACCACCAAGGGGCAAUUGUUGAGUUCGCUGAUGUGCAUGCUGCUGGAAAGGCCUCGUUGGGACUGGAGGGUAAGGAGAUCGGCCAAGGCCGUAGGCUACAUGUUGGCACUGUGCCGGAGAUGCUCAAGCAACCUGCGGAGCGGAAGACCAGCCGGACGCAGUCGACCAAGCCGAAGAAAGAGGAGGCUGGCCUGCUCCCCCAGGGUGGACCCAUCAGGCGUCCUGUACAGCCCGGGGCGCGAGGCGGACGCAGGGGAGGACUUGGAGUGAAACGGGGCAGUUUUCCUCUGGCAUAUUCGCACAGCAGAUCGGUGGAUGGUAACGCAGAGACGAGCCAUCACGAAGGAAACCACAGGACGAAGAGCAAUGCGGAUUUCCGGACGCUGAUCCAGCACGGCCGGGAGGAGUGA